UGCAAUCCAAACAUUAAAUCCAGUAGUCAUUUGCGAAUUGCGAAGCUGAAAAAACCUACUGAUUACAUCAACUUGCCCUAGAAGAGCAGUGAUUAAAAAGAAAGAUUACAAGUCAUUAGUGAGACGCAGGAAAGGAGAGGUGGAUAUUGUAAUUUGUAAGUUGUAGUAGCGGCUGAGAUCAAAAUGGCGGAGGAGCAGAAGAAGAAUAAGAUUUGGAAUUGGGAUGUUUCAGGGUUCGAGCCACGGAGAGGCGAUGACAACGAAAAUCACAAGCGAUUUAAUUCUAACUACAACUUUCUUCUUCAUAAUCUCACUCACAAACUUCAGCAUGCGAGGGAAGAUUAUUUCGAGUUGAGACGGGAAGCCUGUGAUUUUCAGGAAUAUUCUAAUGCAAAACUUGAGAGAGUGACACGGUACCUUGAAGUUCUUGCUGUGAAGGCCCGUAAGCUAGAUCAGGAUGCUCUUGAAAAUGAAGCUAAAAUUGUGCCAUUGAUAAAUGAGAAGAAAAGAUUGUUCAACCAACUAUUGACUGCCAAAGGUAAUAUUAAGGUUUUUUGUCGUACAAGGCCACUGUUUGAAGACGAAGGUCCAUCUAUAGUUGAAUUUCCAGAUGAUUGCACAAUCCGUGUCAGUGUUGAUGAUGAUAAUAUCACCACCCCAAAAAAGGAUUUUGAGUUUGACAGGGUGUUUGGACCUCAUGUUGGACAAGCCGAAGUUUUCGUUGAGGUUCAGCCAUUUGUGCAGUCAGCAUUAGAUGGGUUUAAUGUGUCUAUAUUUGCAUAUGGACAAACCCAUUCAGGAAAGACACACACUAUGGAAGGAUCAAGCCAUGAACGUGGUUUAUAUGCUCGAUGCUUUGAAGAGCUCUUUGAUAUAUCAAACUCAGAUACAACUUCAGCUUCUCGAUUUGAUUUCUUUAUCAGUGUUUCCGAGCUUUAUAAUGAACAGAUAAGGGAUUUGCUUCCAGUAUAUGAAAAUAUUUUUCCAAAGAUUAAAUCAGGCUUGCCAAACUCUUUAGAAGAUCUUUUGCAGGAAAAGGUAGAUAGUCCAAUGGGUUUCUCCAAAAUUCUUAAUAUGGCGUUCAGAAAUCGAGGGAGAGAUGCUUCAAAGUUCAAUGUUUCUCAUCUGAUAGUCACUAUACAUAUCUAUAGUCACAAUUUUAUCACAGAAGAAAAUUGCUAUAGUAAGCUAUCUCUUAUCGAGUUAGCUGGAGAGGUAAGUCCUAACCUUCAGGAGGAUGGUGGGGAGCAUGCGACAGAAGUGCUGCAUGUAAUGAAAUCACUUUCAGCGCUAGGGGAUGUUUUGACUUGCUUGACCUCAAAUAAGGACGUAGUUCCCUACAAAAACUCAAUGCUCACGAAAGUUCUCGCAGAUUCCCUAGGUGGAAGCUCAAAAUCUCUAAUGAUUGUUAAUUUGAAUCCGAACAAGUCAAAUUUGGCUGAGAUUGUAUCAUCUCUCAAUUUUGCUGCUAGAGCUCGAAAUUCUACACUAAGCCUGGGAAGCAGAGAUACAAUAAAGAAAUGGAGAGAUGUUGCAAAUGGCUCGCGGAAAGAGUUGUAUGAGAAAGACAGGAAAAUUGAUGAUCUGAAGCAAGAGGUUAUGGUACUCAAACAAGCACUAACACACGCAAAUGAUCAGUGUGUAUUACUGUUUAAUGAAGUUCAGAAGGCCUGGAAAGUUUCUUUCACCAUACAGUCAGAUUUUAAGUCAGACAAUAUCAUGCUUGCCGAGAAGCUCAAGUUAGAGAAGGAUCAAAAUGCACAGCUUAGACUUCAAGUUGCUCAAUUAGUACAGUUGGAACAAGAUCACGAGUCAAAGAUGGAACAACAAAACUCAAAAAUUGAAACCUUGCAGGCAGAACUAAAGAGCAUCGAGUCACAGAUGAGUGAAGCCCUUCAUACUAAGGAGGUUUCUCCCAAGGUGGGCAGGGGAUUAAUGGCUGUGGUUCAAUCAACCUCUGAUCAGACUGGAGAAGACAUGGAUUCUUUGUCAGUUACCAAGAAACUGGAGGAAGAACUUUUAAAGCGUGAUGCUUUGAUUGAGAGGUUGCAUGAAGAGAAUGAGAAGUUGUUCGAAAGACUGACACAAAAAACAACUUUAGCAGGAUCAGCACAGGUCUCAUCUGCAGCAUCUAAAUUGUUAGCGAAUGUUCAGGAUGGAAAUCAGUGGAGGAGUGACAGUAAUAGUAAGGGACGUUCCGUGGUAGUCAGCUCCCUAUCACCUGCCAAUGAGAAACAUGAGGGCACUGUUGCUUUGAUUAAGUCAGACAGUGAGAAGGUCAAGACAACCCCUGCCGGAGAAUAUCUUACUGCUGCCCUGAAUAACUUUGAUCCUGAGAAUUAUGACAGUCUUGCAACUAUUUCAGAUAGUGCAAACAAGCUUCUAAUGCUGGUAUUAGCUGCAGUAAUUAAAGCAGGUGCUUCUAGAGAACAUGAGAUACUUUCUGAAAUUAGAGAUGCCGUUAUCCCAUUUAUUCGUAAGAUGGAGCCAAAGAGAGUAAUGGAUACUGUGCUUGUUUCCCGUGUGCGGAUUUUGUAUCUAAGAUCUUUGCUUUCUAGGUCACCAGAACUACAGUCUGUUAAGGUCCCCCCUGCUGAGUACUUUUUAGAGAAGGUCAACGUUGGACAUAGCAGAAGCUCCAGCAGGGGUAGCAGUCCUCGAAGAUCUCCUUUAAAUCAUGAUUCCAGCACUAGAAAUGCACUGGUUCGUCAACAUUUUCAACGCUUCAAAAUAAAUAUAAAGCCGGAGAAAAAGUCAAAAUUAUCAUCAGUUGUCCUAAAGCUACGUGGUAUCGAUCAGGAAAUGUGGAAACAUCAUAUGACUGGUGGAAAGCUUAGGGAAAUUACUGAAGAAGGCAAAAAUUAUGCAAUUGGAAACAGAGAUCUUGCAGCAUUGGUUGUUCAUACUCCUACUGGCGAAUUGCUACGUCAAAUUAGAUCUUGGCUUGCAGAAAGUUUUGACUUUCUCACAGUUACUGCUAAUGAUACUUUAGGGGGCCCAACCAGUCAAUUAGAGCUUCUUUCUACUGCAAUAAUGGACGGUUGGAUGGCCGGGCUUGGUGCUGCUAAACCUCCCAGUACUGAUGCGCUUGGUCAGCUGCUUGGAGAGUAUGCUAAGCGUGUUUAUAGCACUCAAUUGCAGCACUUGAAGGACAUUGCGGGGACAUUGGCAACAGAGAUAGCUGAAGACUCUGCACAAGUAGCAAAAUUACGUUCAGCUUUGGAAUCCAUGGAUCAUAAGAGAAGAAAGUUAGUGCAACAAAUGAGAAGUGAUGGAGCGUUUCUGGCCUUACAAGAUGGAGGUUCACCUAUUCGCAACCCGUCCACUGCAGCUGAGGAUGCACGUCUAUCAUCUUUAAUUACCCUUGAAGGCAUAUUGAACCAAGUCAAGGAUAUCUCGCGGCAGUCGUGUGUGAUCAAAAUGGUCAAAAGUAAGAAAAAAGUAAUGCUUGCAUCUUUAGAUGAGCUUGCGAACAGGAUGCCUUCCUUGCUUGAUAUAGACCACUCAUGUGCUCGAAGACACAUUGCAGAAGCUCGUCAUGCAGUUGAGUUGAUUCCUGAAGAAGAUGAAGUUCAAGGUACAUCAGUUGCAACCCGAGUGUCCACUGAUAUCGGUUCUAGUGUGGAACUUGAUGUGUUCCAGUGGAAUGUCCUUCAGUUUAAUACUGGAUCUACAACUUCAUUUAUCAUCAAAUGCGGUGCUAACUCAAAUUCUGAGUUGGUCAUUAAAGCUGAUGCCCGAGUUCAAGAACCUAAAGGUGGUGAGAUUGUUAGGGUUGUUCCAAGACCCACUAGUUUGGAAAAUAUGACUUCAGAAGAAAUUAAAGAGAUAUUUAAUCAACUCCCUGAGGCUCUGAGCUUGCUUGCUCUAGCGAGGACAGCUGAUGGGACCCGAGCUCGGUAUUCUAGAUUGUACAACACUCUAGCCAUGAAGGUUCCAGCACUGAGAAACCUUGCUGGCGAAUUGGAAAAGGGGGGAGAAAUAAAGAAUGUGAAGUCAUGACUAUAGUGAGUUUUCCUGCUUGAUUGCCGUUACAAAGUUAUCCCGAGAUAGCACUGGUACAUCCAUCCAUUAAUUGAUAACUUAUAAUGCUUUUGUUAUGUUGUAAAUCAUCAGAUCGAUAAAUCUCAGGACUGAAACUCACCUUGUUGGGUAACUUAAAGAAGGGGCAUAUCUGAAGAAUGUGAAGUCAUGAUUUGAAAUGUAUAUCGUAAUUGUGUUAUACGUGAGGUUGUGUUUGAUUA